AUGGGAAAAACAGGAGAACAGGAGAAUGGGGAAAUGGGAGAAGGGGAAAGGGGACAAGAGGAUGGGAGGAUGACAGGACGACAGGAGGAGGAUGAGAGUGGGAGGACGACACAAGGACAGGAGGAUGACAAGAGGAUGGGAGGAGGACAAGAGGAUGGGAGGAUGACACAAGGAGGAUGGGAGGAGGACAAGAGGACGGGAGGAGGACAGCAGGACUGGGAGGAAGGGGCACAGAGCACCAACACAACAGCAGAUGAGAAAAUACAUAUAUUCAAUUGUACUUUUACUUUUGUCAAAAUACUGCUCAAAGAUGAAGCCGAAGGCCAGGAAGCCAACAAAGAGCGCGAAGCGCUCUUUUUGCUUCCUGUGCCGAAGGCACAACGGGAAAAUAGAAGAAUGGGAAAAAUAGAAGAAUGGGAAAAACAGGAGAAUGGGAGAAUGAGAGAAGGGGGAAGGGGGAGGACAACAGGAAAGGGGAGGAGGACAACAGGACAGGAGGAGGACAAGAGGACGGGAGGAGGACAACAGGACGGGAGGAGGACAACAGGACAGGAGGAGGACAACAGGACGGGAGGAGGACAACAGGACGGGAGGAGGACAACAGGACGGGAGGAGGACAACAGGGAGAGAACAUGGAAACAGGAGAAUGAGAAAACCAGAGAACAACAGGAGGACAGGAGGGAUGAAGCCGAAGGCCAGGAAGCCAACAAAGAGCGCGAAGCGCUCUUUUUGCUUCCUGUGCCAAAGGCACAAUGGCAUCAAGAAUUUGACAGGCCAGAUUGA